GUAAAUGCACAACGUGUUAUACGUCAAGAUGGCAAAAUAUAUAUUGCAUGUAAAGGGCCUAAUCUGGUUACGGUUUAUGAUUUCUGGACUCUUGUUUGGCAGGAAAAUGUAAAAACGAUAAUGUCGAUGAAUUAUCCGUAUGAGGAACGUCUUUAUCCGAAUGCAUAUCAGAAAAAUCAUGAAACAAUUCAAUAUUGGCCCAUUGUUAAUGGCAAAACGUAUAAUUUCAUGCCAUUCAAAAUAACUUGCAUUAACAGCUCAUUGAUGGCUGAUUGUGAAAUUCGAACAGAUGAUAACAGUGAAUAUGUUUAUCGAUUGACACAACUUCGUAUACGAUAUUGUAAUUCAAUCUAUCCAAAAAAAGAUCGAUUUUUGACGCAUGUAUGCUAUUUUCGAUGGCCAGAUGGGCAAUUACCUUUACCUUGGGGAAGAUAUAAUACUUUAGCUAAAGCUGCUGAUAUUUUAUUACAAAUUUUAGUAAUGGUUAAUGAUGAUAUAACAUUGAUACAUUGUCAUGCAGGCCGCGGUCGUACAGGUGUUCUCCUUGCAUUGGAUUUCGCUAUGCAUCAACUUAAAAAUUUGCAAACUGUAAAUGUAGAG